AUGAAAUCAGGCCAUCAACAUGGUGGAGGUGAUAAUGCUCACACAAAGAUCUUACUUACUUCACUGUCAGCCAUGGUGGCUGAGACUACAACUUUCCCAAUUGACCUGAUCAAGACCAGGCUUCAACUCCAUGGUGAGUCGCUUUCCUCAAGCCGACCCACUGGUGCAGUUCGAAUAGCAGCAGAAAUUAUCCGUGAACAAGGUCCUCUUGGCCUUUACAAAGGCUGGUCUCCAGCAAUCAUAAGACACCUAUUCUACACACCUAUUCGAAUUGUCGGGUAUGAACAUAUGAGGAGUGUGGUUUCAGCUGAUAAUGCUUCACUCUCUAUCUUUAGCAAGGCUCUUGUUGGUGGAAUCAGUGGUUGCAUGGCUCAGGUUGUAGCAAGUCCAGCCGAUCUUGUCAAGGUGCGGAUGCAAGCUGAUGGCCGUAUGGCAAGGCACGGUAUUCAACCUCGAUAUUCGGGACCAUUCGAUGCUUUUAGGAAGAUUGUUCAGGCUGAAGGAUUAAAAGGGCUGUGGAAGGGUGUUUUGCCUAAUGUCCAAAGAGCGUUCUUGGUGAACAUGGGAGAAUUAGCAUGCUAUGAUCAUGCCAAACAAUUGGUUAUUAGAAGCAGGAUAGCUGAUGAUAAUGUUUACGCCCACACAUUAGCUUCCAUCAUGUCAGGUCUUGCGGCAACUUCUUUAAGUUGUCCGGCUGAUGUCGUGAAGACUAGGAUGAUGAAUCAAGUGGCCAAGGAAGGGAAAGUCUUGUAUAUUAGCUCUCUUGAUUGCUUGGUAAAGACAGUUAAAGUUGAAGGAAUUCAAGCACUGUGGAAAGGAUUCUUCCCAACAUGGGCUCGGCUAGGUCCAUGGCAAUUUGUAUUCUGGGUAUCCUACGAGAAGUUCAGAAAAAUUGCAGGGCUCUCUUCUUUCUAA